CUAAACGACUCCAAAAUUCAUUUUGAAAGUUUUCGUAGGACGUACCUAUCUCAAAAAGACAAUGUUCCAUUUGGAAGAUAUAACGAUUACCCGCAGAGUCCUCUUUGCUAAAACCCUUUCAAAACCUCUCACACCUGAAAUAACAAUUCGGAGGCUUCUUUUUUGCGAGUAUAAACCCUCUCGCCUCUCUCAUGCAACGCGACUUAAAACCUACUGGAGGAUUACGGCGAUGGAGCAAGUUCAUUAGAGAGUAGAGGACCUGGCCUGGGCUCUAUCCAAACCAGAAAUAAUUUCACGUUCGACCUAGCAUUUUGUUUCUGCAGAGAUAACUUUUGGAAACCUUAAGUGGACGAAAAAUGCCAGAAAUGGAAAUAGAUAAAACAGUAAACUUAGUGGUGAAGCUGUACGAGCUGCGUCUUUUGCGGUGCUCUCUAUCCAGCUAUCCGACCCUUCCCUGCCCAGCUGAGGACCAAAGUGCGGAGAAUUACAUUUCACAUAUAAAUACUGUGGUGGAACACAUUGAGAAGGGCGAGUAUGCCGAAGCCUUGCAUUCUGAAGCCGCUCGCUUUGUUUUGAAUGGUGUCUGUGAUGAUGAAUUUGUUUCUGAGUGUCCCAAUUCUAAAGAAGGGGCAAAUAAAUUUUAUUGCCGUCUUGAAGAUCGCGUUACUGUUUUUCUCCGUGGCUCGGAAGAUUACAGUAAUGAGAGCGCUUGGCUUGAUUUUCUUGACUCUGAUAAAAUAAGCAGCAAUUUGGAUAUCUAUGCACCAUACCGAGCAUUGCUUGUAAUGGCCCUCGGAAUCGCAAGUUUCUCUAUAUUUGUUCAAUGCAAUUUAACGGGGCCACAUGGAGACUUUGAAAGAUUUCCUUUCAGCCAUGGUUCAAAACAAGAGAUGGUAAUGCUAGACGAGCAAACAGAAUGGGAGAGAUGGUCCUUUCAACAACUCAUGUCUGAUGGUUGUGAUUUGCUUGGAAAAUAUGUCCUUCCUGAGUAUUUUGUUCUUGCCAAAAUAUUGCUGUUGAAAACAAGACAGAUUACAAAUGAGUAUGAUAAUAUGUCCAUCAUUUGCCCCAAAAGCAUUGCCUGGUGGUCAUCUCGUCUGCUUUUGGUUCAGCAAAAACUUUUGGAUGAAAGGUCUCGUUCUUUGCAUGAUCAAUUGCAAGUGACAAUGGAAGAGACUUUGAAGCAUUUUGGUCAAUCCACUAAUGUUAUGGGCUAUUGGGAGAACGAGUUACACAAAGGAGAUGCUUCUGAUAUAGUAGCAGCUGCAAACCUUGAAGCUGGCAUCAAAGAACUUGUCUACAGUUAUGUUGAUCGUGCAAGGCAAUUCUUCAAACAAGCAGAAGCAGCAUGUGGCUUGAGACUUUCUGUUACUGGUGCACUAGGCUUCCGUACAGUUCAUCAGACAGAAGCAAAGGCUCAAAUGGUUCUGGUAGCAGCUCCCUUGAAUGAAGAGAGUGAGCGGAGAAGUGACAAAGUUCAAAUGGACAAUUCUCUAGUGCACAAUAAGAUUAAAAUUUUUGAGGGACAUACUGAGCACUCAUCUAAUGAUUAUGAAGACAGUGACAUACUGUUAGCUCCAAGGUUAAUUGAAGCAGUUGAAGAUGGAGGAGUUUCCACGAGUGUUGAAAAUGUUAGUCAAAGCAAUUCAAAGAUAUUUGAUACCAUUAAGCAGGCAGUUAUAUUGGCAGAAUGUCUUGACAUUAAAAAGAGUACACCAGAUGAUGACUUGCAGGACUGGCAGAUGGCUCCUUAUAUAGAAGCUGUGGGUGCUCAGAAUUUCUCCUACUUUAUGGUGAGAUGUUUAUACCAGAUUCUUCGCAUUCGCUGGGAGCACAAAAGGAGCCGCACAAAACAGCGUUCUAUGCUGAUGAUGGAUGAGCUGGCACAGGAAGUGCGAGGGUACUUAACACCAGCUGCAGACAGAAUGCACUAUGCUUACUGUGUUGACUUCCCCACCAUACCAGCACUUCUCAAGGAGUAUGCUGAACUUAUGGUGAGCUGUGGUAUUGUUGGAGAUGCCUUACGGAUUUUCGAGGAACUUGAGCUGUGGGAUAAUCUUAUAUAUUGCUAUCGUUUGUUAGGCAAAAACCCAGCAGCAAUUGAUCUCAUCAAAGAGCGCCUACAACAUAAUCCAGAGGACCCUAGACUAUGGUGUUCACUGGGAGAUGUUACUCUUAAUGAUGAUAACUACAUCAAAGCCUUGGAAGUUUCUGGUAACAGAUUUGCUCGUGCUGAGAGAUCGUUAGCAAGAAGUGCAUAUAAUAGAGGGGAGUACAAACUGUCCCAAAGUCAUUGGGAAGCUGCACUUGCUCUAAAUUCACUACAUCCAGACGGAUGGUUUGCACUUGGUUCAGCAGCCUUGAAGGCCAGAGAUUUUGAUAAGGCCAUAGAUGGUUUUACACGAGCUGUACAGCUUGAUCCAGAUAAUGGGGAGGCUUGGAAUAACAUUGCUUGCUUACAUAUGAUGAAGAAGAGGAACAAGGAGGCCUUUACUGCUUUUAAAGAAGCAUUAAAAUUCAGGCGCAAUAGCUGGCAAAUGUGGGAGAACUAUAGUCAAGUAGCCAUGGAUAUUGGUAAUUUUGGUCAAGCAUUGGAAGCAAUAAAAAUGGUGUUAGAUUUGACUAAUAACAAACGUGUAGAUAUAGAUUUGCUCUCAAAGUUGGUGGAAGAAAUGGAAUCCAGAAAUGCACCGGAUGGAUCUCUGGGUAUUGCUGCCAAUGGUCCUGAAAAGAAUCUUCAAUGCAGCAAUUAUAUGAAUGAGAUUCAGUCAAACAAAACAACUAAUGGCCAGAGUACAGACAAGCAAAAUGAUACCAUGGGCACUGGGUCAGUUGACAAGGAGAAUUAUGGUGGCAUCAAGUAUUCUUUUGAAGAAGAGCAAAUGGUGGAUCUAAUUGGAAGAAUACUACAGCAGAUAGUACGAAGUGGUGAAGGUGGGGGGGACAUAUGGGGUUUGUUUGCUCGAUUCCACAAAUUCAAGGGGAACUUGGUUACAUGCUCAGAAUCUCUCUUGAAGCAAGUCAGGGCUUACCAGGGAUCUGAGUUGAAGAACAAUGAGGAUUGUUUCAAAAAGUUUGCUCGUGCUUCAUUGCAGCUCUGUGAGUUAUACAUAGAUAUUGCAUCUUCCACAAGCAGCAAGCGUGAACUUAAUACAGCACAAAUGCACUUAAGGAAUGCCAUCAAACAGGCUGAGAAUUUCUCUGGUUUAGGUGAAUAUAAAGCAUUGGAAGCCUGCCUUCAGUUAGUGCAAAAGCAACUUGAAGCUACAUCUCUUUAGAAGAGAAUAGUUUUUUAAUGUAUUUUUCAAAUUGUUUUGGUUUGCGAGGCAGAAUGCUUUUUAUUUCACACAUGGAAGGUGUGGUUGUAAAAAGUCACUAUAUCUGCAUGCUUCUGAUUGUUUUUGUUUGUUGGCAUGGUUUUAUAGGGGAGGAACUUAUUGCAGUUUAUCUUGUAAUGAAUGUUAAAUGUUUUAUAAUAUGGUUUUUUAUUUGCUUAAAAAUGUCUGGCAUUUUUUUCUGUUUGGGGAUAUUUUCUGCAAUGUUGAAUUCUAGGAUCGACAUUAUGUUUCAUAUCACUUCACUAAUUUUACAUAAAUGGAGCUGGACUAUGCAUUUCAAGUUGCUCAAGGAAUCCGAGAACUCUUGCCCGAUUGAACCUGUUUUGUAAUGUGGAUAUUUUUGAUGUUGAAAAGAAACAUGUAAACUUAAUGUU